AUACAGGCAACACAUCCAUGGCUUUGACAUGGAGCAUUUCUUGGUCCCUUAAUUCCCCACAAAGACCAGCAGCUAGCAGUUUCAUAUCUCCAAGCAAGCAAAUCAUUCCAGAGCAUUUCUCUCAUACCAUCUCCUUGCUUUGCCCUUCACAAGCAUAUGCGAAAGAAGGCUUAAUGGGAAUGACUCUGCUCCCAUUUUUUAUCCUCCUACCAUUGAUUUGUCUCUGCAAAUCCGAUGACCGCCUAACACCUGGGAAGCCACUCUUGCCUGGCGACAAGCUUGUCUCCAACAAUGGCAUAUUUGCUCUUGGUUUCUUCUCCCCAGAAAACUCCACCUCAAACUCAUAUGUAGGCAUAUGGUACCACGACAUCCCGGAGCGGACAUAUGUGUGGGUGGCCAACCGCGACAACCCAAUCGGCAGCGGUUUGUCCGGAAAGUUGGUUCUCACCAACAGCUCUGAUCUUGUCUUGUCGGAUUCCAGGGGCCGUAUCCUUUGGAGGACGACGAACAAUGUCACCGCCGGGGCUGAUGGGGCUGUGGCGCUGCUGCUCGAGGGGGGGAACUUUGUCCUCCAGUUGCAGAAUUUCACGCAGAUAUGGCAGAGCUAUGAUCACCCGACCGACACCAUCCUCCCCGGCUUCAAGUUAUGGGCAAACUACAAGACCCACACAGCAGUGCACAUCGUUGCUUGGAAGGGUUCUCAAGACCCAUCCACCGGGAAAUUCCUCCUCAGUCGUGACCCCAGCACGGGCCUCCAGAUUCUCACCUGGCGCGGGACAAGCAAAUACUGGCGCAGCGGACUGUGGAACGGCGCAGAAGCCUCGGACAAGAAUGGAUACAUGUGGUCCCAGAACGUCGAUGACGGAGAGACCAUCUACUCGACGUACAACACGGGCAACAGCUCCUCCCGGAGAUCCCACUGGAAGCUGGACUACACAGGCGACUUGAUGCUCAGGAUCUGGAGUGGCCAGUCAUGGGUGGUUCUGUUCAAGCGCCCAGGUGAUGGCUGCCGCCAAUACGGCUCGUGUGGUCCGUUUGGCUACUGCAACAUGCCCACCAGGGAGUGCAGGUGCCUUGAUGGGUUCGAGCCGGCGGACGGCUUCAGUGCCAACUUCUCCAGAGGAUGCGUGAGAAAGGAGGAACUGACAUGUCGUGGUUACCAUUUCUCCGCCUUGCCUGGGAUGAAGGUGCCUGAUAAGUUUGUGUAUGUGAGGAGCGGAAGCUUCGAGGAGUGCACUGCUCAGUGUGAGCGUAACUGCUCCUGCACUGCGUACGCUUACGCCAACUUGAGCAGUAUUGUCGCAACUGGUGGCCCAUCAAGAUGCUUGGUCUGGACAGGGGAGCUUGUCGACUUAGAGAAGACAGGCGUACUUGGUGGCAACCUGUACCUUCGGCUUGCUGGCUCUCCUGGACACAACAGGAAGAGUGGUAUCGGUGUGUUAUUAAAGAUUGCACUCCCAGUUAUAUCGUUCCUGCUGAUAUUCUCAUGCAUAUAUCUUGUCUGCAUAUGCAAGCGAAGAGGGAUACAAGUAAACAAAGAAAGCUGGAAAAGACCGGCCCCGGAUCACUCGAGCACUUCGCAAGAAGUUUGGGAUCAAAAUUUUGAAUUGCGUUCUAUUAGGUUCGAAGACAUCGCCACUGCAACAAACAGUUUCCAUGACACGAACAUAAUUGGAAAAGGAGGUUUCGGCAAAGUUUAUAAGGGAACACUAGAAGAUGGAAAGGAAGUUGCUGUUAAAAGGCUUAGCAAGGGUUCUGAGCAGGGUAUAGAGCAUUUUAUAAAUGAAGUGGUUCUUAUUGCCAAAUUGCAGCACAAGAAUCUAAUUAGACUUCUUGGCUGUUGUAUUCAUGAGGAUGAGGAGUUGCUUAUUUAUGAAUACUUACCCAACAAAAGCCUAGACAAGUUUCUUUUUGAUACUGCAGGGAAGUCUAUACUUGACUGGCCAAGAAGGUUCAACAUAAUCAAAGGGGUAGCUAGAGGGCUUAUGUAUCUCCACCAGGAUUCGAGAAUGACGAUAAUCCAUAGAGACCUCAAACCAAGCAACAUCCUGCUAGAUGUGGAGAUGAACCCGAAAAUAUCAGAUUUUGGAAUGGCAAGGAUCUUUGGAGGAAACGAGCAACAGGAAAGUACCAGAUGAGUUGUUGGAACGUAUGGGUACAUGUCGCCUGAGUAUGCGAUGGAGGGCAUCUUUUCUGUCAAGUCCGACACCUACAGCUUCGGUAUUUUGCUACUAGAGAUUGUAAGUGGAUUAAAGAUCAGCUCACCUCAUCAUCUUGUGUUGGACUUUUCAAA